AUGUCCGAGUCUGGCGAUAGUUCCCACAAGCGCUCCAGAUCGGCAGCUGCUCUGUCCCUCCUUCGACGUGUCCGCGAACCCGACGACACUCCCCAAAGCCCUGUCGGCUCUGGCUCCUCCCCAGUAGCUUCCCAUCCCCCCUCUGCCGCUCCGACAGUCUCCAUGUCGCACCAACAAGCAAACAGGAGCCAGGGCUCCAGGCUCUCUCUUGCCGGCUCUGUCAGCGGCCGCGUGCCCUCAUACCAAACCCAGCCUCAAGCUCAGUCCCCAUCGCCAACCACCCCGAAGGCCGCUGCCACGACAAUCUACGACAAGGGAAACACAAUCGAGCAGUCCGUCCGCAAGUUUCGAAUCGUCGAGGCUCUGCGCAGCGGCGAUACCGCUUCCAUCUCCAGGGCCAUCCGCGAAACCUCAGAAGGUGGGCCGAGGCCUAGCACUUCCUCCAUCAAUACCCUGUCGGGAGGAGCGCUGGAUGACACUACAGUACUCCAUCUCGCUAUCCAGGUUGCCGAAUUCCCCGUUGUCGAAUAUGUCAUAUCCGACGGUGCUGGCUACGUGGACAUCAACGCAAGAGACAAGGACGGCAACACGGCGUUGCAUAUCGCAGCCUCCCAGGGCAGGACUUCGAUCGUGAAGCUGCUCCUGGAGCAGAAGGACAUCAACGAUGCCCUUGCGAACAACCAGGGACGCCUGCCGCUUGACUUGGCUCGAAAUGCCGAAAUCUUCCAGUCGCUGCAGCUGUCCCGGUCUUUGUUCGCGGAAUCAAAGAUCAAGCAGGUUCAGGAGCUCAUCAAUCAGCAAGACUACAAGGCCUUGGAGCAGGUUCUCGAGGAGACUCGCCUCAAGACUGUCUUGGACAUCAACAGCACCGAGUUCGUCCUCGACCCGUUGACGGCCCAGGCCGGCGGUACGCUUCUCCAUGAAGCCGCCCGUCGCAAGAACACUGCGCUCAUCCAAAUCUUGCUUCUGCACGGCGCGGAUCCCUUCAGGCGAGACCGGAAAGGGAAGCUGCCCCAGGAUGCGACCAAGGACGAUGUGACUCGCGCUAUGCUCAAGAAGUCACCCGCCGCGGUUGCCGCUCAACGAGGCAUCCAGGAGAAGGCCGUCCUUGGAACUGCGUCUCAAGCCGCAGCUGCCGCACCUGGUGAUCCUCUCCUGGGCAAGGAGGCCAGAGAGAUGAAGGGUUACUUGAAGAAGUGGACCAACUACCGCAAGGGUUACCAGUUGAGAUGGUUCGUCCUCGAAGACGGCGUUCUCAGCUACUACAAGCAUCAGGACGAUUCUGGCUCAGCUUGCCGUGGCGCCAUCAACAUGCGUAUCGCCAAGCUCAACAUGAGCCCUGACGAAAAGACCAAGUUCGAAAUCAUUGGAAAAUCUUCCGUCAAGUACACGCUCAAGGCGAAUCACGAGGUCGAGGCCAAGAGAUGGUUUUGGGCCUUGAACAAUGCUAUCCAGUGGACGAAAGAUCAGGCCAAAGAAGAGAACAGACAGCGUGCUACGAACGCUGAGCUGUUGAGCAAGGCCAAGGAGCAAGUCCAGGGAACCUCGGUUGGCGAAGCCCCGAGCGAGAGUGCCAGUCUCCUCGAACCUGGGCCGCGUGCUAGCACACAGCUCACGCGACUGCAGUCUGGCACCAAGUCGGCGAGCAAAUUGACCAGCACGGGAGGCAGUGUCGCUGAGGAGGAUGAGACCGACCGCGAUACCAGAGCGAAUAUGUCUGUAAUGCAUGACGGUGAUGAGGAAGAUGAUGAUGGUGAUGUAUCAAGUGGUCGUGAACAACCAAGUGCGGCGAAGGACGCAUUCAACAUCACUGCGCAGUCCUUGAAGCUGCAGCUGGAGACGAUGGCGCAGGUGAACGCGGCACUGGUCGCAGAGGCCAGUCAGAAUCCGAAUGUCAAGCUCUCGGACCCCAAGACGGCAGGAGCUCUGGCUACGUAUGACGCUGCUAUUCGGUCGAUGGCUGGGCUCACUGGCGACCUCAUGCGGAUCUCUCGUGAUCGCGACUCUUACUGGCAAUACCGUCUGGAUCGAGAGGUCGACAUGAGGCGCAUGUGGGAGGAAAGCAUGGCUCAAGUUGCUAAAGAACAGGAAGUCUUGCAGGCCAAGAUUGGCGAGGCCGAAGAGAAGCGAAAGCACACGAAACGGAUGCUCAAGGAGGUGGUCAGCAAUAACAUGGCUGAAAGCCAGAUAGCAUCUCCCGGCCUGUCUACUGGCGCCGACGCUCAAGGAGAGACGGAUGAUGCCGCGGCCGUGGCCGACCAAAAGUCGCCGACACGAAGCCUUCCACUCAGCCGCCACGAAACUGUGCUCACAGAGAUAGCGAAUCUCUCAGAAGACGAGUCGGAGGACGAUGAGGAGUUCUUCGAUGCUGUCGAUGCUGGAGAAAUCGAAGCAGAGCCACUACCUCCUGCUACGACCACCGACGAAGAGAACAAGCAACUUGUGGCAUCGUCUGGUAUCGACAUCAGCAGCUCUUUCCAUGGUUAUGAGAAUGGCAUACGGAAGAGACUUAAAAUGGAUGCGGACAACCGGCCAAAGAUCUCUCUUUGGGGUAUCUUGAAAUCGAUGAUUGGCAAGGACAUGACCAAGAUGACCCUGCCCGUGACAUUCAACGAGCCCACUUCGCUGCUUUACCGCUGCGGAGAGGAUAUGGAGUAUGCCGACCUUCUGGACCUCGCUGCCGAUCGUAGUGAUUCGAUCGAGCGGCUCCUCUACGUUGCUGCAUUCGCAGCCAGUGAGUAUGCUUCGACGAUUGGUCGUGUGGCCAAACCGUUCAACCCCCUCCUCGGAGAGACUUUUGAGUACGUCAGACCGGACAAAAACUACCGCUUCUUCAUUGAGCAAGUCAGCCAUCACCCACCAGUCGGUGCCGCCUGGGCUGAGUCCCCCAAGUGGACAUACUAUGGCGAGUCGGCUGUCAAGUCCAAGUUCUACGGCCGAUCUUUCGACAUCAACCCACUCGGCACGUGGUUCUUGAAGCUUCGCCCUACUGCAGGUGGCGAAGAAGAGCUGUACACGUGGAAGAAGGUGACUUCGUCGGUGGUCGGCAUUAUCACCGGCAACCCCGUCGUUGACAACUACGGUCCUAUGGAGAUCAAGAACUGGAAAACAGGCGAGGUGGCACACUUGGACUUCAAGCAGCGUGGCUGGAAGGAGGCAUCUGCGUAUCAGAUUGCUGGCAAGAUUGUGGACGCCAACGGGCGCGUUCGCGUCAGCAUUGGCGGCAAGUGGAACUCGAAGCUCUAUGCUCGUGUCACGCCUGGCUACGAGGCUUCCGUCGAAGCGCCCGCCAACGACAAUGGAUCGAUCUACAAGGGCAGUCUUGGCGAGUCUGACCCCAACAAAGCUUUCUUGAUCUGGCAGGCAAACGAGCGUCCUAAGGGCAUCCCGUUCAACCUGACGCCUUUCGUGCUCACUUUCAACCACAUUGAUGACCAACUCAGGCCGUGGAUCGCGCCGACCGACUCCCGACUCAGACCUGACCAGCGAGCCAUGGAGGAGGGCGAGUACGACUUCGCGGCGACUGAGAAGAACCGCCUGGAGGAGGGGCAGCGGCUUCGCAGGAGGGAGCGUGAGGCCAAGGGCGAUGAGUUCGCUCCCGCGUGGUUCACCAAGGCAAGGUGUGAGAUCACUGGCGAGGAGUUCUGGAAGUUCAACGGCAAGUACUGGGAGCAGAGAGAGAAGGCUGGCAAGGGUGACGAGAGCGCAUGGGCGGGGCUGGAGGAGAUCUACUCGUAG